CCCUCUCUGCCCAUUCCCAACCCUCCCCCUACCCGUUCCCAACCUUCCCUGCCCAUUCCCACCUCUUCCCCUUCCCGACCCUGACCCUCUGCCCAUUCCCACCUCUUCCCCUUCCCGACCCUCCCCCUCUGCCCAUUCCCACCCUUCCCCCCUGCCCAUUCCCGACCCUCCUUCCCUGCCCAUUCCCAACUCUCCGCAGGUGCUGGAGCUGGCCGGGAAUGCUUCCAAGGAUCUGAAGGUGAAGCGCAUCACGCCGCGGCACCUGCAGCUCGCCAUCCGUGGGGAUGAGGAGCUGGAUUCCCUCAUCAAGGCCACCAUCGCCGGGGGAGGUGUGAUCCCUCACAUCCACAAGUCCCUGAUCGGCAAGAAGGGACAGCAGAAAACGGCGUAG